CGAGACUGAGAGGGCGAUAGCCUGUACUCGGGGCUUUACCCUGCGAGUCGCCUACAGUUAGCUGACCGGGAUAAUGCCGCCCCUCCGAGAUGACGUCAUCGGCGAAAACGGGGCGGGAAAAGACGUGAAUUCCAACGCACUUCCGGGAUUUAAGGGUUAUCCUAAGGACCGGGACCACCCCCUUAAAUCAGCCCUAAAGUGGAUUAAGGGAAAACGGGCCGACGACGCCGUAGGACCCUACUGGAGGAUACACGACGGGCUCUACGACCUGACGGAGUUCGCGGAGAGACACCCGGGAG